GGGACCGGCCGGGGCGGGGCAGGCCCGGUGGGAGCGGGGAGCAGCGGCGAGGCCCCGCCCCGCGGCCGGUAUAAAAAACGGGCGGAGAGCACCGGCGGCCGGGAGACGCGACGCGACGCCACCACGAUGCCCCUGUCUCAGAGCAAGGCCGGGCAGAUGCCAUGCAACAGCAAGGUCUGCAGGAACCUCUUUGGCCCCGUGGACCACCAGCAGCUCCAGCACGACUUGGAGAGCCUGUUGAAGCAGAACCUGGAAGAAGCUCAGCAGCGCUGGAACUUUGACUUCGAGACGGAGACUCCCUUGGAAGGACGCUUCGAGUGGGAGAGGGUCUUCCUGCCUGAGGAGCAGCCCCAGGAGCUCCACAGCCUGGUCAGGGCCACCAGCAGCAAGAGCAGGAGCUCCUUGGUCCCCUCCAACGAGCACCUUGGCAGGAUUUGCCCCGAGGGAUCCCAGCAGAGCUCGGGGGUUUACAGGGCUGGUGCCCCGCGGAGCUUGAAGCGUGGGCAGGCCACCAUCAAAGACUUCUACAGCUCCAAGCGAAGGAUCAUCCCUGAGAAGCCCAAGCCAUGACAUGGUGCUCUUCUCCUCUGCCAUCGGGGACGGCUGCUGAUGUUCCCUGGGGGUGUCCAUGGCUCUUCCCCCCCCCUCUGUACUGUGUAAGCUGUCUAUGAAGCAAUGUAGAGUCUGUAGUUCCCUAUUUAUGAGUAGUCUGGGGUCCUGAGGGACCUUCACUGUGUGCAAUGUAUGAGUAGCCCAUGUUGUGGCUUGUAGCUACAGCAGAGGGGAUGGAGGAGAGCUGAAAGGGGCCUGAUGGCACUAAGGCAUUACCCUGCCUGCAGAGAAGAAAGUGUGUCCUUUGCCCAGCGUUGGUGGGACCAAGCAUCAUCCUUGCACCCCUUUCCUGUCCAGCCGUGGUCCUCCUCCUGCCCGAUGGCUGGCCAUGGGGGACACUUGUGUCCCAGCCACUUGGUGGCAUCAGGUGUCCUUAAGAAAGGGUCCCUGAUGUAGAUUGCAGAGCUCUGGGACAGCCUGGCCAGAGGACACCCCAGUUGCUGGUACAUGGUGGGUGACCCUCUCCCCAGCAGGAUGGACCCAGCAGUGUCAAGCCCUUGUCCAUGUGUGUAAGUGAUGUAGGGGCUGCCUGGGAGAGGAAACGCUGCUCCCUGGACAGCCCUUCCUUGGGGUGUCUCACCGGUGGUGUCACCCCUCAGACAGGCUGCAGAUGGUGACAGAGCCGCUGGAGGUCCCCAGUGCUGCGCUCAUUGCAGGACCAACGCUGCCUGUGGGAGGCUUUGGGGUCCCCUGGAUGCUGCUGAGCCAAGCCUCCCUUUCCUGUCCUUGCCUUGUUGAGUGGGGCUGCUUGCCCUUGUGUCCCUGCCUCUUUCAACACUGACACUGGGCUGGGGAGCUCCUGUUUCCUGCUGUUGGCUUGCUCUAGGACGGUAGUCCUGCUCCCCAGCAGGGAUGAUACUGAAAGAAGAAAUUGUAGCUUUUUUUUUUGCCUGUUUUCCUGGACUUUUUCCUCCUUUGGGGCUGGGGCGGGGAGAAGACCCUCACCUGGCUCUGCAGAGCGAGUGGCUUCGGCCACCUCUGGGACCAAGGGAUGUCUUGGAGCGAGGGCUGCUCUGUCCCAGCGCCGAAGGGUCAGUCCCUGCUCUGGAGGGACUCGACACUGUCAGGUCUCAGCACUUUCACAGCGUUCAUCUCCUGCUCUGCUGGAUUUGGACUCUGGAAACCGGUGCAAGAUGGUUCCGGGUAGAAAAGGGCCAGGGUCAACCUCCCGCCUUGCACCACGAUGCACUUUGCUGUCAGUGAAGCUGGCGAGCUCCCGGCACUAAAUGUUUAUUUAUAUAAAAAAGGCUAUUAACUAUGUGGGGGAAGGGGAAAUACCUGUUUGACUCCAAAUGUUAACUCUGAAUAAACACUCGCCUCGUGUA